AUGAAGUACAUCCUGGUCACGGGCGGGGUGAUCUCGGGCAUCGGCAAGGGGAUCAUCGCUAGCAGCAUCGGCACCAUCCUCAAGUCCUGCGGGCUGCACGUCACCUCCAUCAAGAUCGACCCCUACAUCAACAUUGACGCUGGCACCUUCUCCCCGUAUGAGCACGGGGAGGUGUUUGUGCUGGAUGAUGGAGGGGAAGUAGACCUGGACCUUGGUAACUAUGAGCGCUUCCUCGAUAUCCGACUCACCAAAGACAACAAUCUGACUACUGGGAAGAUCUACCAGUAUGUCAUCAACAAGGAGAGGAAAGGAGACUAUCUUGGUAAAACUGUCCAAGUUGUUCCCCACAUCACAGAUGCCAUACAAGAAUGGGUAAUGAGGCAGGCACGAAUUCCUGUAGACGAAGAUGGCAUUGAACCCCAAGUUUGUGUGAUUGAGCUUGGUGGGACGGUAGGCGAUAUUGAAAGCAUGCCUUUCAUUGAAGCUUUCCGUCAGUUUCAGUUCAAAGCAAAAAGAGAGAACUUCUGUAACAUUCAUGUCAGUCUAGUUCCCCAGCCAAGCUCUACAGGAGAGCAGAAGACUAAACCCACCCAAAACAGUGUUCGUGAACUCAGAGGUCUUGGUCUCUCACCAGAUCUGAUUGUUUGCAGGUGCUCCACUCCACUGGAUACCUCAGUAAAAGAAAAGAUUUCCAUGUUCUGUCAUGUUGAACCAGAACAGGUCAUCUGUGUGCAUGAUGUCUCUUCUAUCUACCGGGUUCCUCUGUUGUUAGAGGAGCAGGGAGUUGUUGAUUACUUCAGACACAGGCUUGACCUUCCCAUUGAGAGGCAGCCCAGGAGGAUGCUCAUGAAGUGGAAGGAAAUGGCUGACAGGUAUGACCGUCUCCUUGAAACAUGUUCCAUUGCACUUGUUGGCAAAUACACCAAGUUUUCAGAUUCCUACGCAUCUGUCAUUAAAGCACUGGAGCAUUCUGCACUGGCUAUCAACCACAAACUUGACAUUAAGUAUAUUGACUCUGCUGACUUGGAGCCAGACACUCUGCAGGAAGAACCUGUCCGAUACCAUGAAGCGUGGCAGAAGCUGUGUGGUGCUGACGGAGUUCUGGUUCCUGGUGGAUUUGGUGUUCGAGGGACAGAAGGCAAAAUUCAAGCUAUUUCCUGGGCAAGAAAACAGAAAAAACCCUUCUUAGGAGUUUGUUUGGGAAUGCAGUUAGCAGUUGUGGAGUUUGCACGCAGUGUUCUUGGUUGGCAAGAUGCUAACUCGACAGAAUUUGACCCCAAAACUGCUCAUCCAGUGGUCAUAGACAUGCCGGAACAUAAUCCUGGGCAAAUGGGUGGGACCAUGAGGCUUGGCAAGAGAAGAACACUCUUCCAAACCAAGAACUCAAUCAUGAGGAAGCUGUACGGGGAUCAUGAUUUCUUGGAAGAGAGACACAGACACAGAUUUGAGGUCAAUCCAGAAUUGAAAAAGUGUUUUGAAGAGCAAGGCUUGAAGUUUGUAGGCCAGGAUGAGGAGGGAGAGCGAAUGGAAGUGGUUGAGUUGGAAGAGCAUCCUUUCUUUGUUGGUGUUCAGUAUCACCCCGAGUUCCUCUCUAGACCAAUUAAGCCAUCUCCCCCAUACUUUGGCCUCCUCUUGGCGUCUGCAGGAAGACUCACGCAUUAUCUACAAAAGGGCUGCAGGCUCUCACCCAGGGACACCUACAGCGACAGAAGUGGCAGCAGCUCACCUGACUUGGAGAUAACAGAGCUGAAGUUCCCAUCAGUAAAUCAUGACUGAUUCCCGAUGUCGUCGCUGAAGAGAAGAGUCUUCAUUCGAUUUGCCAGGCAUUCUUACAGCAAUAGCUUGAACACUGUCAGCUUUGGGCUUUUCUUAAGUUAUGGUUUUAUAAUUUUUGUUAGGAAAUCCUGUCCCUCUAUUUUCUCAACUCUUCUGUCCUUCCUUUAUUUUCUGUGUAGAUUCUGUUUGUUUCUGGAGGAGAGCUCGUCACAGCACGUGCACCUCUAGACUCUUCAGUUAGCACCACCUUGGAGAGAGAAAGUAAAUUUUGGGUAUGGGAUUUGAUGUGUGUGUGAGAAUCCAGGUGCACGCUUCCUUCCUAAUGUCCAGUGAUGCUGGCAUGAGUUUGUAUCUUGGACACUGACAGUUGAGUUGCGUUCUCCAGCCUUUCUGCUCCCUCAGCAGUCUUUUUACUUCCUGGUGAAAUUAUAUGGAUGAACUAGAUUUUGGGGGCUUGCUCAGUCCUUGAGCUGUGCUGUGCUGCAGAG